AUGAAGCUUCUUCAUGGCCUCGCUUUAGUUUUUCUAUUAGCUGCUGCGAGCUGCAAAGCUGAUGAAGAAAUUACUUGCGAAGAGAACAAUCCAUUCACAUGUGGUAACACUGAUAUAUUAAGCAGUAAGAACUUCGAAAAAGACUUCAUCUUCGGUGUUGCAUCUUCUGCUUACCAGGCAUGUAACAUAUGUUGUCAAACUAUACCUUUUCCAAUCGAAGGAGGCAGAGGUCGUGAGAAAGCUGGGUCAGAUUUGAAGAAUGGAGACACUACUUGUGAGUCAUAUACGAGAUGGAAGAAAGAUGUAGAAAUUAUGGGCGAACUCAAUGCUACUGGCUACAGAUUCUCCUUUGCGUGGUCAAGAAUCCUUCCAAAAGGAAAGGUGAGUAGGGGAGUGAACAAGGGAGGUCUUGAUUACUACCACAGUCUCAUAGACGCCCUCCUAGAGAGGAAUAUAACACCUUUCGUUACCCUCUUUCACUGGGACCUUCCUCAAACACUCCAAGAUGAGUAUGAAGGUUUCUUGGACCGUCAGAUCAUACAAGAUUUCAAAGAUUACGCGGAUCUAUGUUUCAAAGAGUUUGGCAAAAAGGUGAAGCACUGGAUCACAAUCAACCAGCUAUACACAGUGCCUACGAGAGGCUAUGCGAUCGGAACAGAUGCACCCGGACGAUGUUCUCCUAUGGUUGAUACCAAGCACAGGUGUUACGGUGGAAACUCUUCAACGGAACCCUAUAUCGUUGCACAUAACCAGCUUCUUGCUCAUGCCACGGUAGUCGAUCUUUACAGGAAGAACUAUACGUCCCAAAAUGGGAAGAUCGGACCUGUGAUGAUAACUAGAGGGUUUCUUCCAUAUGAUGAGUAUGAUCCUUCUUGCGUAGAAGCAACUGAGAGGAUGAACGAAUUCUUCCAUGGAUGGUACAUGGAACCCUUAACAAAGGGUAGAUACCCAGACAUCAUGAGGCAGAUUGUGGGUAGUAGGCUUCCCAAUUUCACCGAGGAAGAAGCCGAACUCGUUGCUGGCUCAUAUGAUUUUCUUGGUCUCAACUAUUAUGUCACUCAGUAUGCCCAGCCAAAAGCUAACCCAUUACAUUCAGAGAAACACACUGCCAUGAUGGACGCUGGCGUAGGACUCACAUAUGAUAAUUACCGUGGUGAAUUCAUUGGUCCACUGUUCGUUGAAGACAAAGCAAACGGCAACAGCUAUUACUACCCAAAAGGGAUAUAUAACGUAAUGGACUACUUCAAAACCAAAUAUGGCAACCCUUUAAUCUAUGUUACGGAGAACGGAUUUAGUACACCAAGUUCAGAAGACCGUUGCCAAGCUAUUGCCGAUUACAAGCGAAUUGAUUAUCUCUGUAGUCAUUUAUGUUUUCUCCGUAAGGUCAUCAAAUUUGGACUCAGUUACGUUAAUUGGGAUGAUCUUGACGACAGAAACCUCAAGGAAUCUGGCAAAUGGUACCAGAGAUUCAUUAACGGGACUGUCACGAAACCUGCGAAACAAGAUUUCCUCCGCUCAAGCCUCUCCUCUCAGAGUCAGAUGAAGAGGGCUCGCUGA